AACACUAAAUACUCACAUACAUUGAUAAAAACAUGUCCUCUUUUAAUUUUGUGAUUUUGUUAAUUGUUUUAUAUAAUUUCGUAUCAGUUGUUGAUGGUAGUGAAGCGAAAUCAUGGGUGGAAGCAAGAAACAAAUGUAAGACACAGAACAAGAUUUUGUUACCAAACAAGACAGUUCAUCAACAGUUUGAACAUCACUACAGAACUAAUAAAUCUUUAUGGACAUCUGAUUAUAUACUUAAUUUAGGAUGCAAUAAUAGUACUGGAGUUUGUUCGGGUCUAGACGUAGAACAAGUUCUACAGAAUGAAUCUCACGUUGGAUUAUGUCAACAAGAUUCGUCAGCAACUGUUUCUCAAACAAAAUCUACUUUUCGAAUUGGAUUGAAACGUCAUUACGAGAGAACAUGCAGAGAAGGUAGCCUGUCGAACAUCAGCAAUAUGAAUACACUUCAUAAUGUAAUUGAAGAGAUGUCAUGGAAUACAAACUACUGGAUUAACUCUAUAAAUCUUGAUACUGACAGCUUUGUUCUACAUUGUAUGCUGUUCACCAAAUAUCCAAACAGAACGGGAGAGUUAACACGACUGACAGCUAGUGCUUGUAGAAAAAAAUAUGACUUUAAAUGUAUAAAAGGGGAUCAUUAUGGCACAGUUAUUUCUAAAAGGAAACUCCCAAACAAUAUCGAUUCUACACCAGUACAAUUAUGGGAAAAGAAUCAACCGGGAUACAUGUCUGACGAUGGAACAAAAUUCUUCCAGAUAAGUGGGGCUGUUUCAUUGGUUGUUAUUGUUUUUGGACUGAUUAUCAUCGGAUGUUUGAUCAGGCGAUGGAUAUCAAAAAUGAAAGAACAAUUGGUUGAAACACUUCGACAAAAAUAUGAACAUCAUAUGUAUGACGUUGAAAGAGUAGAACCAGAGCCUGAAAGCGUUCCACAAACACCAGUGUCACUCGGUGGAGAUUCUCUAUACGAAAAUGUUCCUACCGGCAUAGAGUUAUCACGCGAGGCAAAUAUGACUGUUAGUUACAUGACAUCAAGAGAAAUAAGACCCCCAGUAACAGUGCCAACUGGUGCUGUAGAAGCAUGGACACAGAAUGCAUUACCACCAAGAUUAACUUUACCACAACGUUUACCUUCCCGUGAAAAAGCCAUCCGACGAAAAACUGGCAGUCGUCAAUUUAAUACACACCUUAAACCAACUCGCAAAAAACAAUCUUUACCGGAAACGUGUCAACAGAAUAGCAGUGGUAAUGUACAGAAGAAAAUUGACGAAAUAUCAAAAGUUGAGGCAUCCGCACCUGUGACAGUCCACCGACCAAAGCCAAGCCCCAAACCUCACACAAAAGAUGUAACACUGAAGUAUAAAACUAAUACCUCGAGGAUAAAGGACGGAAUUCAAGUACAUGACAUUAGUGGAGAAUUUGCUUUUAAUUUAAAUACAGGUCAAACUAGUGACAUUGAAAAUACAGACAACUUGGGAGAAGACCAGGAUUACGAAAAUAUCUGGCUGAACAAUAACGAACAGUCCUUCUAAGAAGAAUUAAGCAAACUUAGAAUUUUUAUGAUUUUACUCCUAGAUUUUUUAAUAAUAAUCAUUAUAUUUUGGCAAUAUUGAUUAAAAAAAAGUUUCGUAAAGCAAUUAAUACUAUUUUGUUUACGAUUGAACAAUGGAGUUGAAGAAACACUGAAAUUGUUCUAGUUUAUAUGGUAUGCCAAAAUAGGAACGUACACACAGUAAUGAAGUAUGUGUACAUUACCAAAAACAUUCAUUUGUUUUCAAAUUAUAGCGUAAAAACUCAUCUGAGAUAGCAUUCAAUAUAUGAAUGGACACAGUUAUGUUGAAUAAAUGUAAUAAUAAAUAUUUCUUCUUUAUUGUAAGAAAUUGUAAUAUAAAUGUGUAUUCAAAGCAUCUAAGAAUUUACAAUACUUAUAUGUAUAUUUGA